UUAAUUAAGUGAAUGACAUUCUGUCAUUUCAUACUGACAUCAUGUAGACGAAAUCAUUAUGAGUUUCAAAUCAUCAAAAGUUUGCACAUGUAUCCAUUUCUUUGAUUCUGUACCAGACAAGAGUAUCGUGAGAGAAAACGUUGUAAAACAUUUGGAUGGAAAAGGUAUAAACGUUGCGAUAAAAGAUGAUACAGAUAUGAAACAAGAACAAAGUAAAGAGAAAGAAACAUCGCAUAAUAAUUCAAAACGGAAAAGAAAAUUUGGUUUACGUAAAAAACAUGCUGAUAAUGUUACGAUUAAUUUAGAAAAAAUGCCAAAAAAAACCGUGAAAUUGAAAACACAACAAGUUAUAGAUAUACCAGAACACAUACACGAUAUGUGUAGCUUUAUAUUGAGACAUGUUGAGGUUAAGGGAAUUUUCAAAAAGAAAGGCAAUUCAAGUAAACAAGAAGGUAGCAAUAACACAUAUGAUUAAAUAUAACCAAUGCAUUCCGACCGAAAUUUACUCUCCAAUCGACGUGAGUGGGGCCCUGCUUAAAACUUUGAAAUUACUACGAGAACCAGUGAUUCCAUGUAAAUAUCACCCUUUACUGUACGCUUGUUACGACCACGAAGACAACGAGAACCUUUUGCUGUUAGCGUGCUUGUUAAUGCCAGUAGAAAACGUAAAUAUUUUGGCUUAUUUGAUGCAAUUUUUCAACGAAGUUUCUAAACAUAACGUUACGAGUCAAACGAACUUAAUCGAGCAGAUAGGGUCUGCCAUAAUGCCCUUUUCAGAAAACAAAUACAAAUCCAAUAAAAUCAUCGGUAUAUUAAUGAAUAAAUCUGAAUUUAUUGGAAUGGUUCCCGAAGUGAUGACGUAUAAAUGGCCUUUAAAGAAGCCCAAAACUAUUUGCGACAAAUUUAACGAUGUCAUUAAGUCGUUUGGAAAAAUAUUCAGGAGAAUAAAACAUUCAACAUAUUCAAAUCGUUUUUUUAAUUGAGGUUAUGUGCAUCUAAGACUUGUCUUUGUCAAAUCUAACCUCAAAAUUUUUUGUACAACUCGAAUUACUUCGUUAUUAUCUUAAGUUUUUGCGUCAUGGAUAGUACAAAGAGUAACGAUUUUUGCUAUAAAUACGGGGUGUGUUCAAAUAUUGUAGAAAAGUUCGUAAAAAAUAUUUAGUUUGAAUAUUUUUUGAAGUCUUGGGCCCCCGAUUGUGUGUAUGGAAUAUUUAAAUACGACGGUUGCUUCUUGAGUUUUGAAAUCUCUUUUUAGCUCUAUAGACUUUUCCGUGGGAGCUAAAUCUGGCGAAUGAGAUAGCAAUUCAUACUUUAGACCAUUAUCUUGAUGAAACAACACUUCUUUCUAAGCCAAAUUCGGUCGUUUUCACUUGAUUUCUUCGAUGAA